AUCAUUUAUAUAGAACGAAUAACACAAAAAAAAUACUCUAACCACAAAAUAACCAUGGGAACCCAAGUGGAAGUGGAAGGAGUAGUAAAUAACAUUGCCGAUGAUGCUGCCGCAAAGCAAAAAGCAAUCGACGAUUGGCUUCCCAUCACUUCUUCCAGGAAAGCGAAAUGGUGGUAUUCCGCAUUCCAUAAUGUCACCGCCAUGGUCGGGGCAGGUGUUCUAAGCCUUCCCUAUGCCAUGGCGGAGUUAGGAUGGGGUCCUGGUGUGGCUAUCCUAAUAUUGUCAUGGGUGAUAACACUGUACACACUAUGGCAAAUGGUGGAGAUGCAUGAAAUGGUGCCUGGGAAGAGAUUUGACCGAUACCACGAGCUGGGUCAGCAUGCGUUUGGUGAAAAAUUAGGGCUUUAUAUUGUUGUGCCCCAACAGUUAACUGUGGAGGUGGGAGUGAAUAUUGUUUACAUGGUGACAGGUGGAAAAUCGUUGAAGAAAGCUAUCGAUACUAUUUGCCCAAAUUGCCAACCCAUGAGAACCUCUUGGUUCAUUCUUAUGUUUGGUAUUGUUCAUUUGUUUCUUUCUCAUCUUCCCAAUUUCAAUUCCAUCACUGGUGUUUCCUUGGCUGCAGCUGUAAUGUCCUUAAGUUACUCAACAAUUGCAUGGUCAAGUUCCUUACACAAAGGAGUGAAACCAGACGUGUCUUACAAGCUAACCGGAUCAACUUUAGGCGUUAAAAUUCUCAACUUCUUCUCCGCAUUGGGAGAUGUGGCCUUUGCUUAUGCUGGGCACAAUGUGGUGCUUGAGAUUCAAGCCACAAUCCCAUCCACACCAGAAAAACCAUCUAAGAAACCAAUGUGGAGAGGAGUAGUUGUGGCUUACAUAGUAGUAGCUCUUUGUUAUUUUCCAGUUGCUUUGAUAGGUUACUAUGUUUUUGGUAACUCGGUAGAUGACAAUAUUCUCAUCACUCUUGAAAAGCCUGCUUGGCUUAUUGCUGCAGCCAAUAUGUUUGUCGUCAUCCAUGUUAUUGGAAGCUAUCAGAUAUAUGCAAUGCCAGUUUUCGAUAUGAUUGAAACUGUGUUAGUGAAGAAGAUGAACUUCACACCUAGUUUUUGUCUUCGAUUUUUCACUCGUACCACUUAUGUUUUAAUGACCAUGGUUGUAGCAAUGGCUAUUCCUUUCUUUGGUGGUCUCCUUGGUUUCUUUGGUGGAUUUGUGUUUGCUCCAACCACAUAUUUUCUUCCAUGUGUUAUGUGGCUUUCUAUCUACAAGCCUAAAAAAUAUAGUUUGUCUUGGAUUGCAAAUUGGUUUUGCAUAAUAUUGGGAGUAACAUUGAUGGUUGUAGCACCUAUUGGAGCUCUUAGGACAAUCAUCAUUUCGGCUAAGAACUACAAAUUUUUUGGUUGAACUUAUUAGUUAUAUAGAUUGUUUUAGUAUGUUAAUAGUUUUUGUUUUUUUUUUCUCCCUUUGAAAUUUUAGCUUAUAUUAGAUUAGUUUAUGUUUUGGUAUUUUAUUUAAUUAGUUUGGACAUCAAUUAAGUUUUUUUCUGAGUAAUAAUUUUGGAAGAAUUUUUUUC